ACGGUGUUUUUCUGAGCGAGUGCACUGAGGAUUGCAGCCAUUGCUGUCAUCGGGCUGUAUCCUGUUGUUUGAGAGAAGUAUCUGCUGUCCGUAACACACAGUUAGGAGCUUAAAACAACUCAGAUCUCUCCUCCGGUUGUCUCGGCUGGCUCGCUUGCCAGCUGAAUCUCGUCGGGAUGGACCCAGCAAGCCGAUACCAAGUGCUGCACAAUGAGGAUGACUCCUCAGAGGCCUCAACCAGCGAGCAGCAGCCAUGCACUUCUGCCACAGCCCAGGCUGGAACGUCCAGCCAGGAGCAGAGUCAGGCCCAGGCCGGCCCCGCGCCUGCCGCAGCCGCAGCAGCAGCAGCAGAGGCGUCGGGAUCAGGAACUCAGGGGGAGAGAGAGGUACCGCCACCUCCUUACGCCUCCAUUGACUUGGGAGCAACUGCUGCAGCACCUGAGACCAGUUUCCGAGGUGACUUCCCAGUGCCUCCGCCCUACAGCGUCGCCACCUCACUGCCCACAUAUGACGAAGCAGAGAAGGCCAAAGCGGCCGCCAUGGCUACCUCCACUGUGGAGGUGAUGCCACGGGAUGAUGAGUUCCCUCCCAGAGAUGAUUUCAGUGACGCUGAUCAGCUUCGAGUUGGGAACGAUGGAAUCUUCAUGUUGGCCUUUUUCAUGGCCUUCCUGUUCAACUGGAUUGGUUUCUGCCUGUCUUUCUGUCUGACCAACACCAUCGCAGGACGCUACGGAGCAAUCUGCGGCUUCGGCCUUUCCCUCAUCAAGUGGAUUCUUAUCGUCAGGUUCUCAGACUACUUCACUGGCUACUUUAACGGUCAGUACUGGCUCUGGUGGAUCUUCCUGCUGCUCGGUCUGCUGCUGUUCUUCAGGGGUUUCGUUAACUAUCUUAAAGUGCGCAACAUGUCAGAGAAUAUGGCCACCUCCCACAGAACACGCCUCUUCUUCCUCUACUGAUAGGUUUCCACACAUCACCAUUCCUUUCCAAUGUGAAGUUCCCUCCCUCCCCCUCGAAUGACCUGAGCAAGGAGCGUUGCAGUGAAGAGAGGAGACGGGGAAGGAAUGAAGGAAAAGAACGAAGGGAGGAAAAAAGUGUUACCGGUCUCAUUAAGCAUAACGCGGCUCACUCUGAACUCCUGAACCGAGCCGAAAAAAUAAGUCUUUGAUGAUCAGAUCUCUUCCCCCGGCUUUGUUUUUCUUUUUCAUUUUUCCUUUGAUUCUCAACGCAGUGUGAAUAAAAAAGUAGUCCCACGUAUGUGUCAUGGCUCUCAGGAGUAGGAGUGCUUUUGAGAUGCACGACCUGAGCGCUUCCUGAGGCGAAAUUCAGCCGACCAAAACGAGAUAUCCAAUAGUUGAGGAGCUGCAGAAACAACUACAUGAAAGCACAAUAGAAUUAUUUUAAUGAAACGAUAUCAAUGAAAUGUCUUAAAUGUAGGAAAAGUUUCUCAUUUGUUACGAUAUCGCUCUACCUGCGUAAACAAACGCCAGUGCUAUCAGCUUAUGUUUGACGGAGAAAACUUCUGUUUAUGAACAUCUGAAAUUCUAAAGUACAAAAUGUGCAGGACGUGGAAACCUGCUCCGAGCCUUUGAUAUUUAAAUCUCGCCUCCAGCUUAUGACGCAGUAAGAAUUUCAAACUGCAGCCUGUUUGACGUAUUGCACAUUACAACACAUCUCGAGCAGUUUUUAGCUUUGCCAUUCCAGGUUUUUUAACUUCAGGGUGUUUUGAACAAGUCUUACUUUAACCGUGAUGUAGCUUUUUUUCCUUUUUUUUUAUGCGUAAAUGUGUGGCACCGCCAAAGUCAUCUACUUGAGUUGACAUCCUGAUAUCUCAGCCUUACAUAUCACAUAUUCUGAUGCUUUUAGUGUUUUUAAACCGACUUCCUGUUUCCUCUUUGCUUUGCAACCAGACAUAAAGCUGAAGCUGUUGCUUAAUGUCCAAUUUUUUUUAAACAAAUAAACCAGUUAAAUUAUGAUCUUUGGGAUCUUUUAACUAGCUGAAGUGGGAAACCAAACAUUUUUAUCUUUACUCUCUAAGUUACCAGUUAUAAAAAAAAAGAGGAGAAAAAUGGCCAAGUAGUCUACAAAAGUCAAUAAAAUCAGCAAACUCCCCAAAAAUAUAGUAAAUACAGUAGAUUGUAAACAGAAAAGAUGAAUCAUCAGAAAUCACUUCAAUCAUUUUUUCCCAAUCAAGCCCUGAUAUUUGGGCCACUGUACAUUGAAUAGAGGAUGGAAAUAGCCAAGCAGUUAGUGAAAGUCCGUAAAAUGUGCAAACUCACGCAAAAUACAGUAAAAGAUUGUGAACUGAACAGAUAAAUCACCAGAAAUCACUUUCCCCUUAUUUCUUUGCCUUUUACUGAUAAGCGUCACGCUGACCUGACCUAUGCAGUAAGGAUGUCACGACAUUCUUAGAGGAGGGCUAUAUUUUCUCUGUUUGAAUCAAAGAAAAAUGAAAAGCAUCUGCCUAACUACCAAAACCAAAACUUAACCAUCUGUCCAUAACAUCCUUGUCACCUUUUUUGAAGUUCAGUUUCUCACAUCAGAUCAGUAAAACAUGCAACACACCUGCUUUUUUUUUUUCUUCCCUUACUCCAAACCAAGUACGUCUGGCAAAAAACAGUAUGUGGAAGCUACUGAGGAGGCUCCUCGGAAAUUCAGUGUUUUUAGGCCACACAGGCUGCUGUGGCACGAUCGCAGCCCAAAUGCAGGACUGUGUGGGACGUCAUCUCCUGCUUUGGUGCUGAUAAUAAGCAUUUUAGAAACAACUAUUAUGUGCCAGGCUUGAGUAAGCUCAAUAAAAGAGUCGUAUGCAAUUUAGUUAUCUGUGAUGACCUACAGUAGUCGUGGAUGUGAGGUCCCGUGAUCAUGGAAUAGAUGAAUAGUUUAGUCAUCAGAGAUCAGGUUCGCUCCAGAGUCGUUCAUUUUCGGAUGAAGGUGCUCGUUAAACAAGCUGCACAGCGUGUUGCCAACAGAAUUAUUUUCCAGUAAAUCAGAGUUCAAUGCAAUAAAAGCUCCUAAAAUGUGACUGGUUCUGCAUGUUGUGCAUGAUGUAGAGAAACCCAACACAUGGAUCUCUCUGGGAUUUUUUGGGGUUUUCAUGAUUCGAUUCAAAUCUUCUUUUCUUGGAGCGAGAAGCUCUUGGUGAUGUAACAUAGCUCCAAGUAGAAAGGUGGUGAGAACACCUUUUAUCAUGUGAUAAACUGAGAACAAUACGUUGCCAUUUCUGGUUGAGUGCGACAGUCGGGAUGCUUUCCAGUGUGAGUGCAGUCGUCUAUAUAAGCUCGUGCGCCAUGAAAACGGAGCCUGACUGGACAAAGAGAAACAUGCUUCUUUUAUUAUUUUUGUCAUCCAGAUGAAAUGUAUAUACCAGCUUAUGCCAAUUCAUAAUAUUUGCACUUUGAAGAACUUCUGUACAGUAUGAUUUGUGAAUCUGCUUAACUUGAUGUGGUGGAUACAUAGAGAAAAGAGAAAAAAAAAGAGCCAUUCAAGUUUUACAACUGGAAUUCUUAAUCAAUCCCAAAUGGAAAAUUUGCCUUUUUGCACUUUUUAUUUUUCAACAAUAAUAUUGUUAUUGUGUGUCUCGUUUCAUCGCUUUCAGCCUAAACUGUGACAGCUUACGUAUUGCCCUCCUUUUUCUAUUUUAAAUGCUUUUUUUUCCUUCUUUUUUUGACUGGUCAUAUCCAACUAAAGCCUCUUUUAGCAAUAUCAAAAUCUUUCAGUGAAUUAAAGCUCUGCUGCAUGAUUUAUCCACCUGACUGAGUGGGGUAAUAUUAGGAUUAAUCUAGUACAGCUACAUUUCUUUGUUUGUAAAUAAAUGAAGAAAAAAUGAGACGGCAGCCAAACUUUUUUUUUUCUUUUUGUCCAAGAUAAUCCUCGUAACGUCCUCUUAAACAGUUGUUAUGCAUUAACUGUAACUGGAAAUUGACAGAUGAUCUCUUGCAAAAAUGCCAAUAAAGUUCAAAAGCCUGCCGGUUAA